AUGCAUAUAGAGACAACUACAGUAAUAGUCGAUAACAAUGAACAAGUAUCAACAUCGUUUUCUGAUUUAUAUAAUCUUUAUGAAAUUAUUGGAAAAGGACCAUUCAGUGUAGUUCGUCGUUGCACAAGUAAAAAUGAUAAUAAACAAUAUGCUGUAAAAAUUAUUGAUGUUGAACAAUUUACUGCAACACCAGGAUUUUCUGCUGAUGAUUUGCGACGUGAAGCAGUUAUCUGUUCAAGUCUUAAACAUCCGCAUAUUGUCGAAUUAUAUGAAACAUUUGAAUCAGAAGGAUGUCUUUUUAUGGUUUUUGAAUAUAUGGAUGGUUCUGAUCUAUGUUUUGAAAUUGAAAAACGUGCACUAACUGGUUUUGUAUACAGUGAAUCUGUAGCUAGUCAUUAUAUGCGUCAAAUAUUAGAAGCUGUUCGUUACAUUCAUGAUCGUGGUAUCAUUCAUCGCGAUUUGAAACCUCAUUGUGUUUUAUUAUCAUCGAAAGAAAAUGCUGCACCAGUCAAAUUAGGUGGUUUCGGUGUGGCAUUACAAUUACCUGAGUCAGGUUUAGUUCAAGCGAGUCGUAUUGGUACACCAUCGUUUAUGGCACCCGAAGUAGUUAAUAAAGAAUCACCAGGUUUUGGUCGUCCAGUUGACAUGUGGGCUUUAGGUGUUAUGCUCUAUGUUCUCUUAACUGGUACAUUACCAUUUGCUGGUACACGAAAUCGAGUUUUUGAUAUGAUUACAAAAGGCGUUAUUAAUAUGAGAAGUAAACAAUGGGAACAAAUAUCAGAAUCAGCUAAAGAUCUUGUGAGUCGAUUAUUAUGCUUAGAUCAAAAUGAACGAAUAACAAUUAAAGAAGCCCUUGGACAUCCAUGGAUUCGAGAACGUGAAAAAUUUGCAUUACGAAAACAUUUGCCUGAUACUGUUGAAGAACUACGCAAAUUUAAUGUACGACGUAAAUUAAAGGGUGUAGUAUUAGCAGCUGUUUCAAGUCCUCGUUGGCCACAGAUACCAAUUUAUUCACCAAUGACAACAACAAAUUCAUCAUCAAACAUGAUGAAAGAUGUAUUGUUACCAACAAAUUCAAAUGAUUUCGAUGAUAUGGCAUCAUCGGCUGUUUCACAAAUACUUGAUUCAUUAGAAGACACUCAAUGGUUAACUGUAGGUGAUCGUGUUGAACUUGACUUUUUACAAAAAUUAUUUGAAGAUAAACAAUUACGAAGUUUACUUGAAUUAUACGAUCGUAUAAAUUCGGAUGACAUUCGUCCGUAUAACACUCCUGACUCAAAUGCAGUAGAAAUUGUUUCCGAUAUUGUUGCAUUAAUUGAACGAAACUCUCAACAGUCUAGGUCAUCGGAUGAUGUUCAUAAUCUUCUUGAUUUGUUACAUGAACCACAUAUACAGGCUCUUCUACAAGCACAUGAUGUUGUUGCACAAGAAAUAUAUGGUGAUGAUGCCAUACGUAUUACGCCAUCGUGUGUCGGAAAUAAUACAUUACCACCAGAUUCCGGUCUCGACAAUGAUUACAUUGGUCACAAUGGUGGCGGAUCGAAUGAAAGUGGUGAAGACAGAUUAAGUGAUUUACCAUGCGAUGUAACACGAGUACGACUUGUUCAAUUUCAACGUAAUACUGAUGAACCAUUGGGUAUUACAUUACGUAUGACAGAAAAUAAACGUUGCAUUGUAUCACGUAUACUGAACGGUGGCAUGAUACAUCGACAGGGUACAUUACAUGUUGGUGAUGAAAUUAAAGAAAUUAAUGGACAAACAGUUUCUAAUCAUCCUAUACAAUAUUUACAACAAAUGCUUAAAGAUGCACGUGGUAGUAUUACAUUUAAAAUUGUACCUAGCUAUCGAAGUCAGCCGCCGCCUUGUGAUAUCUAUGUAAAAGCAUUAUUUAGUUACGAUCCUAAAGAAGAUGAUAUAAUACCCAGUGCGCAAGCGGGUAUAAAAUUUUCUAUUGGCGAUAUACUACAAAUUAUAUCUAAAGACGAUCACAAUUGGUGGCAAGCGAAAAAAAUUAUGUCAUAUCAUAAUUAUAAUGAGCAAACAAUAAAUUAUUACAAUAGUGAUUAUAGUAAUUCACCAGCUGGUCUAAUACCGUCACCAGAACUGCAAGAAUGGAGAAUAGCUACUAAUGCAAUUGAAAAAGCUCGAGAUGGAACUGCUAAUUGUGGAAUGUUUGGUCGAAAACGAAAAGUAGUCAAAGAUAAAUAUUUAGCAAAACAUAAUGCUGUGUUUGAUCAACUUGAUUUGGUCACAUAUGAAGAAGUUAUUCGAUUGCCUGAGUUUCGCCGGAAAACACUUGUUCUACUUGGCGCACAUGGUGUUGGCCGUCGUCAUAUAAAAAAUACAUUGAUAACAAGCCAACCAAAAAUAUUUGCUUAUCCUAUUCCACAUACAACACGACUACCGAAGAAAGAAGAAGAAAAUGGAAAAAAUUAUUUUUUUGUAACACACGAAGAAAUGAUGCGUGAUAUAGCUAAUAAUGAAUAUCUCGAAUAUGGUACACAUGAUGAUGCAAUGUAUGGAACAAAACUAGAAACAAUACGUAAUAUUAAUCGGCAAGGUCUUAUGGGUAUACUUGAUGUUGAACCACAAGCAUUAAAAGUUUUACGUACAGCAGAAUUUGCACCAUACAUUGUUUUCAUUGCUGCACCGGAUCUUUCACAAAUCAAAGGAGUCAAUGACGAGAGUUUAGAAAGAUUAAUAAAAGAAAGUGAACUUCUUCAUCAAGCUUAUGGACAUUAUUUUGACUCGAUUAUUAUUAAUAAUGACAUCGAAGAAACCAUACGAACAUUACAACACGCUAUUGAAAGCGUCGGUCUACAGCCUCAGUGGGUACCUGUCAGUUGGGUGUAUUGA